GUGCGUACAAAACAAGGAAUGCUUGUCGGUGAAUACCAUUGCUUUGGAUCAAUCGCGAUGUCAAUGUGAGCUUCUUAACUGGUCAGGAACCGGAUUUGACAACCAUCUCGUACCAAAACCAAACUCAAGGUUUAUGCAGAUGCAGACAUCGUGCUCACCCAACCUUUGCCAAAAUGGCGGACAAUGUACCGUGAAAGAUGGAGGAACAAACUACACCUGUGCUUGUGUUGGUCACACUGGAAGAAAUUGUGAGAUCAAUAUGUGUGAUCCAAAUCCUUGUCAAAAUGGCGGACAAUGCACCGUGAAAGAUGGAGGAACUAACUACACCUGUACUUGYGUUGGGCACAAGGGAAGAAAUUGUGAGGAAAUUAAAUGCGUUCUCUUUGACUUUGAAAGUGGGCGACUUGACAGCUGGAGCCUGACAGGAACAGCAUUCAACAAUCAGCCAACCUAUGGGGAUAACCCGCUAGCUCGAGGAAAGCUUUCUACUAAUUUGAAAGGAAAAUGGUUUGUUGGGACGUGUGAAGAUAGACCCAGUCCUUCUCAUCCAGUAGCCGGAAGACAAGGAGAUGGGCCUACAGGCACAGCCACCUCACCACCAUUUGUAAUUCGAGGAACAAAGCUAAGGUUCCUGAUUGGUGGAGGCUCUGACAUAAAUACUGAACGACUAGAACUGCUGAUUGGUGGAUCUGUUGUUGCCAAGGCAACGUCGACACAAAGAGACCAUCCAAUGACAAUGAAAAGCUUUGACGUAACAGCAUAUAAAGGAAAAGUGGCUAGGGUACGAUUGGUUGACAUGUCAUCCGGAUCGUGGGGCAUUAUCAAUGUUGAUCAAAUUGAAGACAGCUACUGCUCAGAAUAA